CUCAAACAUUUCUACAUACAGGAGAAAUAUUCCUACUCCUGUUUCUGGGUUAAAAUCAGAAGAAACAUGUGAUGUGAGGCGUUAAGGAACCACCUUUAUUCAGCUUUUGAAAGGAAAACCGAAGCAUAGAUGGACGAAGUUGCAGCUGACACUCGGCACAUCCUUGGAGUACUCAACUGGAUAACGGCUGCACGAAAACCACGAAACCGUGACGAUUGGCGGAAGUUGCUGGUGGAGGCCCGGGCCCGGCAAGGAGUUGUUGCGCCGAGCGAGUGGAAGUCGAAAACAGUGAUGUAAUCGAAGCUCACCGAAACUCAUACUUUAACUAAAAGGACCAAUCAAGAGUUUGCGGAAUCCAUAAAUCGCGAUCGAAAUAAAGGGAUCUUAUUCUCGUGAACACAUUGUUACUACUCCAACAUUCUCUGAAUUACAUUAAUUGUGAAAUCAUAAGAUUUUGUGGUCACCCAUCCCACCCAAGUAGAACAAUACUUGUGAAGUUGUACUGUUGUACUUUCAGGAUUUGCGAAUUUCCUUUACAGUGUGCUUGAAGUGAUGUUGAAGUCAUCCACCAUCUCGUAGUAGCGACCGGAACUAGCGCCAAAUAAAUCAUCUUGUAGCGGAGUAGUUGCAUAGUAAUGGAAAAGGCACCGGCGAACCAUUCAUUAAUCU